ACAUGGAUCUCUCUGUAUUGCAAAACAACAACCACCCAGACAAAUUUCUUCGUUUAGAUGUGAAAACUUUACUUACAGAUUCUGCUGCUUUUCAUGCAAGAAAAUGGCACAACAAGGUGUAUCUGCCGCAGAAAGAUGCAACCAAAGUCAAAGAACCUUCACAGUCAUCAAACAUGGACAGUCCAGUAAUACUUGACAAAAGACUUGUCGAUCACUUUUCACAAGAAAUAUUAAACUCUACAAUUAAAAGUAACCCACUGUACAUGGAUAUAGUAAAAGAAGAAAAGAUUGAAACAAAGAAAAAACAACCAUCAUGGACCAUACAGGAUUAUGACAGUCAGUUGCCAAAUCCAAAGUUUUCUCUCUAUUUGAAGGAGAAUCCAAAUGAUUUACGUUUCUGGCUGGAAGAUAUUUAUACACCUGGGUAUGACUCUUUGCUAAAAAAGAAGGAGAAGGAAAAGAAGAAUUCCAAAUAUUGUAAACUUUUUGCAUUUGUUGCAGUUACAGUUUGCAUUCUCAUUGCCAUAGUGACGGUGUGUAUUUUAUUUACCUAAAAGUCACAUGUUCAUUGAUAUUUUACCACAUUUUUAUAAAACUGUAAA